CCGUGAUAGUGAUAAACCAAAUCUUCUCUCUUGUCUUAAAAUUAAUUGUAAUAUUAAUUAAUUUAAAAAACAUAAUAUUGUUUAAAGUUUUUAAUUAGUGUUUACCAUGUAUAUGACUAUGGCUACGGACAUGGACGUCGAUGGUUCUAAAUCAGUACCAGUACCAUGCCUUAGCCUUAACUUAUCAAUUUUAAAAUGACGAAAUUUACAAAAAAUGUAAAUUAUUGCAAUCCUUCGCCGAAUUCGUCAAUCCCAACAAUGAACUCAGAAAAUAGUUUUGUUUUUGUUUUUUUAAAGUAAUUUAUUUAAAUAAAUUAAAAUUCGAGACUGCUACUGACUGACUACUGCUACCAGUACCAGCCACAAUAUAUUAUUAAAUCAUGCAUGUUGUCAUGCAUAUUACUUUAUUUUCAUACAGUGUGAUACAAUACAGUUACUAUGCUAUGAGUUGCUGACUUUCAUUGCCCGUAUAUAAAAAAAUAAAAGGGCUUAUCUUGUUGGAGUCAAAGGCUUACACUAUUUACACUUACAAUUUUAAUUACGGUAAUUAUAUUCGAUUAUUGAUUAUAAAUCAUUGCUGAGUUAAGAAUUUUAUAAAAGAAAUAAUUAAUUAGGCCAAAUACUAUUACUUACCGAUUUUACUAUUACUAUAUUAUAUUAUAUUAACUUUUUAAGAAUUAUCCGGUACUAACAAAUAUUAUAAUGCAAUUAACCCUUUCGGGACGGAGCCUUUUCGUCGUGUCUGUGCCAAAAAAGACGGAGCACUUUUUGCGAGCUCGGCACUCGCAUUGCAAAAAAAUUUAUGAAAAAAUUAACUAUUUCCUUUAAAUAUAUAUAACCAGAAAUAUAAUAUAUAUACUCAUGAAGAAAAUUGAAUGAACUAAUAUAAUCUUUGUGAAUCAAACUUACAUCUCAGCAUUUAUGCAAAUGAGCUAUCCUGAUUUGCAUAAUUUAUGUGUGUAAUUUUUUAAUGAACUUAAAAUAAACAUGACUUAUUUGUAACAAUUGUGUGAAUUUUUUGAUGAAUGAAGCCUGAAUAAAUCCUAACAGUUGUGUCAUUGGGAAACAAGGCCAGUUGAGGCCCUUCAGACAGCCCUGGCACAUGGUCAUGAAGGUUCUACUCCUUUUCCUGCCCCUGGCUAUUUUUCAGUUGCUACAGACACUCACUGUAACGGUAACAGGCCCCCAUUUAUGAUCCAGGGACCUUCUCUUAAGCUGGGUAUUACUGACAAAAUUGUCUGCAAAUCUAUUGGUCUCUCUCAUAAACAUUUGAGUGAUAUUUAGUGUAAAAAAUAGGAUAAAGUACUCAAAUGGGGUGCUUCUGCCUUAUUUAUUGAACCUAUGUGUUGUCUAAAAAUUCAGAGGGGUCAUCUCUAUCCAGUUGAGGACCCCAAAUAGCCUAAUACUGAACCAAGGCUUCACAACAUUGGGAAAAACAUUAAAAUUUUGAUAGUCUAUUAAAAUUUUGAUAGUCUUCAUUGCUUUCCUGGAUGUUUUUAUUAGUGUCAGAUCCAUUGCUAGAAUAUUAUAAUCACUAGGAUAGUUUGAUCAGUGUCACUUUCAGAUAUUUUUGAAUUUUAUAAUAUUUGCCACACACAAAAAAAUUACUCCUGAACACAGCAAAAGCUAGUUAUCUAUCAAAACUGGCCGCCAUUACAAUGCAAUGUGCAGGAACAUGUAAGAAGCAAUCUAAUUCGCUGGUACGAAGACUAGCCAGCCAAUCUUAAGACUUGAAUUAUCGGGCCGAUAGUUCGGACAGCCGUCUUUUUCUAUAUUCCACCCUGGGCCGAUCCCCUCCCAAGAGGAUUAAUUUUUAGGAUGCGGCUAUCCGGACUCGGGAUUCAGAGUAAGAGGUUGGGUUUAUUAAAAAAUAUUAAAAAUAUUAUUGUUGGGUUUAAGAGACAAAAUUUGUUAUCAAAUGAAAGAUAAUUGAAUGGACUAUAAGUUUAAAAAUGUACUUCUUCAGUUUAACUUUAGUUGGUUUUUUUUUCAGCAUCCCUUGAUUUCAACACUUAUUCAAUAAAAUAAAUUUGAGCAUUAUUGUUCUUUGUAAUAUGUUAAUAUGUAUUUUGAAUUUUUAGUUUUUAGUGUUUUCCUUUAAACAAUCCUGGUCCUGGGUCUUCUAAUACUACCCCCUGACACUGCCUCCUGCACCCCUCUAACUCUAGCAAAGUAAGAGUAAGGGCUAGGGUUGUGAGCACACCCUGGUCUAGGAUAAUAGGCCUAUAUUUAUAUUUAUUAAUACUUGAUAGCUAGAAAAGAUCUUUUAAAAUUAUGCUAUAACUUUAGUAGGCCUAAACUGUUUACUUAACCAACUAAUUUACUAAAUAAUUAAAGAAACUAUUCCAUUAUUAGCCUCUAAUGUUUUAAUAUAAGUUAAGAAUAAAUCAUUUAUAUACUGUAAUGUCACAUGUGAGUGUGUUUAUAAUUAUACAAAUUAUAUACUACUGGUCUUAAAAGGCUAUAGUCAUUAUAGUAGCUAUAAGUUAUACACAAUACAUAGUUAAGAUAGGCCAUUACUGACCAUGCUAUACUAUACUACUAUUAAUACAGAUACUAGCUUACUCACGUACUGACACUGGGAAGAUAUAUUAUGAAGGUGUCUCAAUUGUGUGUUUCUGAUGAGAGAGGUGGCCCCUAAUAUGAUAACCUACUAAUAUUUAGUUAAUAAUUAACCAAGACUAAGUCUUAAGUACUUUUAUUUAUAAUUUUAAAGACAACAAGUUACAGAGAAUUUCAACAUUUUAAAUAUUUAUUUGUUCUUAGCAUUCACAGUGUGACCUCAAUCCUUAGCCAAAUGAAGUUUAAAACUGUCAGAGAGGGAGAGCAAGCUGUAAUUUUAAACCAUCUUGGUCGAGGGAAACUCAUUGUUGGACCUAAGAGGGUACUAAAAUUUAAGAAGGAAUUUGAUUUGAUUAUUAAUUCUGUGCCAUUAUUAUUUGAUCUCAAACUCAAAUUGAACUAUGAAUUCUAAUAAUAGUAAGUAAGACUACACCAAUAAAAAUUAAAAUACUUUCAGUAUUUUGAAGUACAUACUACAAGUUUAAUUAAAAUAAAAUGAUCAAUAUUCUGUGAUGACAAAAUAUGAAUUAAUUCAAUGAUUAAGGAGUAUUUUAAAAGAUACAGGAUACCAUUAAAUAAUGAUAAAUUGAUGAGGAAAAAAGUAUCAAUCAAAAUAUGGAUUUGGAGGAGUUCUAUUUUGGCAAAAAAAACAACAACAUAUACUGCAAAUGCUGAAAGGCUUGAAACGGCUCUUAUUAUAUUUAUUUGUUAAUCUUACAUAGCAGCAAUUUUGAAUGCAAUUUCAAACAACUUAUUUUGUUCAAUUUGACACAGGUUUUUCUAUUCAGGGAACGAUUUCAUCAAUUGAAAUCACACACUGCAGAUAAGUAUGCCUACAUUCAGAUUCAAGAGAAUAAUGGCUCCAUCAUUAACAAACCUGGGUAUGUCAAUGGUCCUUCUGUGAAUCAACCUUUUUCAGAUGUAAUAAAAUAAGAUGCAUAUUCUUAUAAUCUCGCGAAGACGGAAGGAUGCCAUAUUCUUAUAAUAAAAAAAAACGAAAAAAUAAAUGAUAAGUAGUCAGCAAAUCACACUCGUGUUAUUAAAAUUAAAUAAUUUUGAAUUAGCCUGUCUUUAAUUUAUCUCAGAUAUAAACUUCUUCUAAUGCAGUCCUUGUCAAGUGUUUCACAACCACUUGGAAUUCCGCAAUUGUGAGAAGAAGCAUGCUCAAUGCAUUGAUGCCAAUCACCUUUUGGUAGUUUACAAGAGACUCAAAGGGGGUGAAGCUCAAAGAAGAAUUAUUCCUGGACCUGCUGUAUUCAUUCCUGAAGCAGAAGAAUGGUAAAUGUAAAUUUUUAUGAUCAUUGACUCUAAACUUUAAAAUAAUGCUAUAUAUUUCAUGGGAUUGGUGAAGGAUUGAUAUACUAUUUUUUUUUUAAGUUUUAAAAUUAAAAAAAAAAGUUUUUAUGUCUUCCAAAUUCAAUAUAAUAAAUUAUGCUAUUCAGGCCCCAUGAGUUUCAGUGGCAUGGGACUGAUCCUGCUAAUAAAACAAGAAUGGUCCCUGGACUUAACAAAUUCAUCCAGCUGCCUAUUAUACCAGACAAUUUCUACUACAAUGUAAAGUAUUUUUUAAUAUUUCUGUGAUAUAAGCAGUUUAGGUGCAAAGAAAAACUAAAAGAAAUGCUAAGUCCAUGUUAACAUCUUUUCCUUAAUAUCACUUUAACUUUAACUAAUCAUUUAUAGUAGCACUAUCCACAAUAUUGAGUUAAACUAUUUUUUUCUUAAAGUUAUAGACCAGAUUAUGCUUUUAAAAAACAAUGUAGAGGAUUUAUUAUAAAUUUUUUAAUGCGUUUGAGCAAGGUUAGUAAUAUCAACAUAUGAAGAAGAAAAACUUUAAGAUAGUUUAUGCACUUGUAAUUGUAUCAAAAGAUUCUGUAAAAAACUAUUAUUGCUUCCAGGUGAACGAAGUGAGAACUAAUGAUGAUACAAUGUUGACAGUAAAGGUGAUGCUGUUCUAUGAAAUUGUUGAUGUCCUGAAAAUGGUAGGGCAUUUUUUAAAAAAUUUUUAGUGAAUACUCAACAUGUCCUUAAAGAUCAAAGUACAGAUAUUUAAUUUUUGCACCAGCCUCAUCUCUCCUUUAGAAAUUAAAAAAAAAAUAUCUAACACUGAUUUUUUUUAGAGUGAAUCUGUCUCAAUAAAUUAUUUUUAAAUGAUCAUGCCCAAUCUGUUCAUCUUUAUGUUUGAGGAUUAAGAAAAAAGAAUUCAAAAAUUAGUUCAGUGUUCUCAAUCCUCAGCUUGAUGUAACCCAUGACCCCAUAGCUGAUUUGAUCAAGUGAGUUUUUAAACAAUUUUUUUUUCUGAGUUGGCUUUUGUUGCACUGUUUAUGUUAUAUACUAAAAUUAGCAGGUACUAUAUCUUUUAGUUUAAUCAAUUGUCAUUUUGUUUUUUUAAUUAAAAAUAUUUUAUCUCUGUGCAUUGUUCAACUGCUUAAUAUGUCAUAAUUUUUUUUCUACAGUGCUUUGUGUGCUGAUGUCAUAUCAUUUGUUGGACCUCUGACGUAAGUAUAUAUUAUAUGUGUGUGCCGGUAUCUGAAAAAUGUAUGAAUAUUUUUUUUUUAAAUGUGUACCGGUAGCAAUAAUGUUUAAUUUAACUGUAGUGAAAUUGUAUGUAAAUUACAUCCAAAUUCACAUAAGUUGCAAAAAUAAAGCAAAUAGUUAUUUGACACAUUAAUCAAAUCAGAAUUUGUAAUAAACCAAAAUUGUAUGAGUGAUAAUUUUGCAAUAGUUCUGAUAAAGAUAUAUUGUUUACUUUGUCACUGCACAGUUAUGAACAGUUCAUAGAAAAGACAAGUCUAAUAAGUGACCUUGACACCUAUCCUCAACUGCAGCAUAGAGCAGACAGGGUGGGGUUUAAAGUUCAAAAGGUUGUAUUCAGAGGGUAUCAUGCUUCAGAUAAAUUGCAGGUAUUACCUGACAAAUUUGUUUUAUUAAUUUUUUGUUGUUGCUCUUUUUCCCAUAUAACUAUAAGGCAGGAGCUAGAAAAUUGUAUGGUUGUUUGCGUCUCUAAAAAAAAAAAACUAUUUCUUAUUUACUAGUGUUUUUGUGUAAAGAUCCUGCUAUUUUUAAGAUUUCGUAAUAAUAUAUAACAAAAAAUUAAAUGUUUCUUUUAAAUGAGGUUAAAAUCUUUUUAAAAUUUAUUACCAAGAAAUACCUUAUAAACAGGAAAUGCAGAACAGUGCUAUCGAGUCCCGCACUCAGCUUAGGUUACAGAGAGAAAUUGAGGAACAGGAGCAAAAGCUGGCAAACUUUAAACUAAAUAAGCUUCAGGAGAGAAGCUCAAUUCGUAAGUUUUUAGAGAUGGAGAUCUCAUUGAACCACUUCAAGUGAAUGUAUAUAACUUAAAAUUUUAACUUGUGCAAGCAUAUUCAACUAUUUAACCAACUUACUUUUGUUGGGUCAUGUAUGUAUUAAAACUAUAUAUAUAUAUAGAUAUAUUAAAAAAAACAGGGUGGAUGAGUAGUGAUUAGGAAAAUUAAACUUUUGGGGAAUAAUUUUAGCCUCAUAAUCCAGAUCCAGGGAUGCAGAUGCAAAAGAACACAGAACCAGUAAUCAGUGUUUGAUUAGAGGUCGAGAGCCCGUUAUCUUUUUUUCUUUUACAUUUUAGCAGAUUUUCUUUUCGGGUGUUUAUUUUUUGAUGUUCUUGGUGGGGUUGGGGGGGGGGGGGUAUUUUUAGAUGUGUUCCGGAUCAGUUAAAUUUGUUUUGUUAGAACCAGUAAUCAGUGUUUGAUUAGAGGUCGAGAGCCCGUUAUCUUUUUUUCUUUUACAUUUUAGCAGAUUUUCUUUUCGGGUGUUUAUUUUUUGAUGUUCUUGGUGGGGUUGGGGGGGGGGGGUAUUUUUAGAUGUGUUCCAGAUCAGUCAUAUUUGUUUUGUUUAUAUGAUUACAUUUAGGUUGUGUGUAUCAGUAACAUUUUAUUUUUCCAAUCAUACAUCAGAGCAAAUAAUGGAAGUUAAGAGACAAGCUCAUGGGCAGAAAAUUGCAGCGCUGACACAGAAACAUAAACUGGAAAUGGAAGAAAUGAUGCACAGCCAGAAGUUAUCCUUGGCUGCCAUGGAAACCAAAAUGAAACUGGGUAAGUCUUUCUGAGUUCUUGAAAAUAAAUGUAAGAAACUGAAAUAAAUCCCCAUUUAUCUUUUAAAACACACUGGUAAAACAUAACAUCUGGUUACCUUUGUUGGCUCAGAAAUCAAUCAUUUUAUUUACAAAUAGUUGUGAAUUUUAACCUAAGGAAAUUGCUGAAUAUAAUGUUUGGUGGCUGCCAGUCAUAUAUCUGGACUUUGCCUAUCAAUUGCAGUAAUGGAACACCUUUUACUUAGAAUUUAUUCAGAGAAGCAUUAUACAAAUGUCUAUAAAUAGUACAUAUUAAAUUACCAUGUAUGGAUUUUUUAAAAAUUCCUGGUAUAAGCGAUCUUACACUCAUAGUUUAGACAUUACUUGACAUGCAUUUCUCAUAAAUUAUUUUAGCUUUAAUGAUUCCUUCUUAUCUUUUUUCAAAAAUUUAGUAGCAUUAAAACUAAAACACAUACUUGUACUAACAGAGCAAAGAAAAGCAGAAGAUGCUCAGAAGAUUAAACAUUUGGCAAGCCUUGCUGGAGUCAACGUAGAUGUGAAUAGGUACUUAACUCUUCAGUGUGACUCACCAGCCAGGGAAGAGAUUAGAGUAGCUGCCCCUAAACAGGAGUCCUUGAAGGCCUGGUAAGCUUCAAACUGAGGUUGGGCAGCUCAGUGAUUCUGAACAAACGGAAUGAGGAUGAACAACAGAUUCUUGGGAAGACUUAAACUUUCAGCCAAAGAAAAAAGGGAAAGACCGACCCUUAAGACGAUAUGUGUAAAGUCUCAUGGGGACACUGAAUAAGCUGGAGAUGUUUCACAGACCAAAAUUAACUCUGAACUGAUAGUUUUAUUUUGUCAAUACAAGUACAAGCCAGGUACACUUGAGUGCUCUAAACUUCUGGAACAUAUGUUGUUUUUCUUUGUAUGUGUGGGGGGGAUCUUUUUAAAAAAAUAAAAUUGCAAUCUUUAAGUUAUUGAAUCAUCAUUAUCUCUGAGUUGGCUCAAAUCUCUGCAUUUCUUAGGUACAGAAAAGGUUAUAUAGUGGUGCAUAAUGUUUAUCUUUACUUUAAAUUUAAGUCACCAUCUUAAUCAUUUUCUAUAAAAAAUCAUUUGGUCUCCCUCCCCUCCCAUCUUCCUUAAACCUAAUUUUUUUUAAAUUACCCUUUUCUAUGCACUACAUCAAAUUAAAACUACACUGACAUUUUUAUAGUAAUUUAAGCUAUUGCAUAUUUUGAUACAGUCAUGGUGCCUAUCAUUCCUGAGUUACCUAGCGUACACAUGGGAAUAUGGAACUCAUGCUUGAAACUUGUUUUUACUUAAUAAAUAUGAUUUUUUAAAACUGUAUGUAUAUCAAGCUAUAUCUUUCUUAGCAUGAAUUUACAUUGGCCACCAUUUUUUAAAUCUUUUAUUAAUGGUGUAUUGGCCAAAGGAAUGCUUAAAGAUUUGUAUUGCAUACUUCACAUUCCUGCAUUUAUUUUAUCUCAUAACCAUUUUUAAAAAAAACAAAAAACAAAGGAUUCUGCUGGCAGAAUUCUCAAAGGUCUGAAAUAAGUGUAUAUUUAUAUAUUCCUCAAUUUACUUGAUAUUAAGUAUGAAUUAAAGUGUUAAAAACACCAAAGUCAUUGGAGGAAUCUACUAACACUGCUUAGAUGAUUGGUGACUCACAAAUUCUUGCAUUGCACAUACAAUCUUGUCAAGAUUCCUUCCACAACUUUUGUACACAAAAUAUUAAGUCAGAAUAACCCCAGUAACAUGACACCUAAAUCACUGGAUGCAUUUUAUCAAUAUACCAGACCUUUUUACUCUUACGAUUUUGAGGUGCAUACAUUAUAUAUACUGCUUGUUUUUUUUUCUAUGAAGAUAAUGUAUUGAAUGAUGAUAUUGUACGAUUUUAAGAGUUUGAGGGUAAACAGGUCUGAUAUACAUCCAUUGUUGUAUACUGGUAUAUUUGUAAUUAAGUGCAUGGACAUAACUAUAGAUAAAUUUCUUAUUAUAUUGUAUUACAAUAUAAUAAGAAAUUUAUCUAUAGUUAUGUCCAUGCUAUAAAUAUAAUAUUUCUUCUGUAGAGCAAAAUGUUAAUAAAACUUUGAAAAGUAGAAAUUUUUUUAUUUUUCAAACCUUUCUCUUGAUG